UAUAUCGAGUAAAUUCAAGGGACGUUACUCUGUUGUGUAUACAAAGUCCAAACACCGGCAAAAUAAUGUUGUCCAGGCAUCUUUUACGUUUAAAGAAAUUGAACAGCUUGUCAAAGAUUGUUCCUACUUCAUCUUUAAGAAACUAUUCUGAUAGAGUAGAAGUUCAGCAAAGCUCUAAGUUAACAGAUAUUGGCACAAGAAAGAUUUUUUCUGAAGAACAUGAUAUCUUUAGACAGAGUGUAAGACGAUUCUUUGAGGAAGAAGUUGCGCCACAUCAUGCACAAUGGGAAAAAGAUGGUCAAGUGAGCCGUGAGGUAUGGGAGAAGGCAGGUGAACAUGGUUUGCUAGGUGUGAACACACCAGCCGAGUUAGGUGGCAUUGGUGGUGAUGUCCUAUCAACAGCUAUCACUUGGGAGGAACAAAUGUAUGCUAACUGUUCCGGUCCUGGCUUUGCUCUUCAUUCUGAUAUUGUGAUGCCUUACAUUAGCCAUUAUGGAACGAGAGAGCAAAUAGAGAAAUUUAUACCAGCCAUGACAGCUGGCAAAUGUAUAGGAGCCAUUGCCAUGACAGAACCAGGCGCAGGAAGUGAUCUUCAGGGUAUCAGAACCAAUGCUAAACAAGAUGGUGAUGACUGGAUCCUUAAUGGAAGUAAGGUGUUUAUAACAAAUGGAUAUAUGGCAGAUCUAGUACUGGUUGUGGCAAUAACAAAUUCUCAGGCAAAAUCUGCAGCUCAUGGCAUCACUCUCUUCUUGGUGGAACAAGGAAUGAAAGGGUUUAUCAAAGGGAAAAAGCUCCAUAAAAUAGGGAUGAAAGCUCAGGACACAGCAGAGUUGUUUUUUGAGGAUGUUCGGCUGCCAUCAAGUGCUAUAUUAGGUGAGGCAAACAAAGGUUUCUACUACCUCAUGCAGGAACUUCCUCAAGAAAGGCUUAUCAUUGCUGACAUGGCACAAGCUUCAAUGGAAUGGAUGUUUGAAGAAACGAGAAGCUAUGUUAAACAAAGAAAAGCUUUUGGAAAAACAAUCUCUAACUUACCUACAAUUCAACACAAGCUUGCUGAGAUUAAGACAUCUGUUGCUGUAUCACGCGCAUUUACAGACAGAUGUCUUGAGGUACACAAUGAAAAAGGUCUAGAUUCAGAAUCUGCUUCAAUGGCCAAAUACUGGUGCUCAGAUUUACAAAACAAAAUUGUUACAGAAUGUUUACAGAUGCAUGGAGGUUGGGGUUAUAUGUGGGAAUAUCCAAUUGCACGUGCGUUUGUUGAUGCACGUGUACAGCCAAUCUAUGGAGGGAGCAAUGAAAUCAUGAAAUCCUUGAUAGCAAGAAAUAUUGUUGCAGAUAAUUAAACAUUGUUGAUGCAGUUCCUCUACAGAACUUAUGACUUUAUUUAUUAUAAAAUUAAUUUUUUACUUGUUAAAUUUUCAGGAAGCUUAUAUCAUUUCUAUGUGAUUGAUUGUUGUUUUUUUUUGUUUUGUUUUUUUUCAUGCAAAACAUUGUAAAAAAUAAUUUUACCUUGCUAAUCUUUUUGGCCAUCUGGCUUAUGUUUUCAUGAAUAGAUAAUAUUUUUGUUUAAACAUAAAGACACAUGACUUUUUCUUAUUCUAAUAAUUGAUAUUGUUACCUGAUCAAUCAUGUGUCCUUCUGUAUAACAUUGCAGGUCCAUACUUUAUACUAAACCUGGGGUUUUGACUUAUUGCCCUUUGUUACUUGAAAAGGGCAUUUAUAAGGUGCCUCAGAGCACUUGUUUUUCAAAAAAAUUAAGGUGGCAGGUAGGGGUAUGAACCAAUGAAUCACCUAUAGUUCUGCUUGUUAUAUAAAAAUGCACUGCAAAAUUGUUUUUCAUUAUAACCUACAUCACAAAUGACAAGGAUCUUAAAACCUUGCUAAUAUAUCCUAAGAACUAGCAACUCCACUGAGGUUUUUUGACAACAAAGGAACUGGAAAUAAUUUUGAGAUUUGUGUACCAUUUUGUAUUGGUCAAAUUUACCAAAUGACCUAAACUGAAAAUGUUUAAACUCUUUUAACUCAAUAAAGUUAAGAAUCACACUAAAAAUUAAUUUUCAGUUUAUUUCUGAGUAUAUUUCUUUUUACCUUUUGCAUAAUUUUCUGAUUCAAGAGCUCCAUAUGAUCUAUGUAAGAAUUUUAAAUUUGUUGUGACUAGGUUUCAGACCUCAGUGGAGCUCCUUUACACUGAAAUUUAAUCAUAAGCCAGAUAUGGCAAACUUUAAAUACACACCUUGAUGUUCAUCAUUAAUUAUCAUGAAAGUUCAUAAUAAUGACACCUUUAUUUCUAAAAUUUGAUUUAAAAUCUGUUAUUUUAUUUAACUUUAUUUUUUCUCAUAUAAUUUACUCCAGUAUAUUUUACUUUCAGACUAUAUGUAUUACAUAUCUAUAUUUCAUUAUUUUUAUUUUAAUCAGCAUAAUCAGCGGAUGUUUUGAUGGAUUGCUAUCUUUUUAACAAAUAUUUCAAUUUGGACCAACAAAUUAAUGUCCAUGUGUACAAAUGUUUAUUUAUUGAAUACACAAGAGAACUUACUUACUUUUAUAAAUUAUUGAAUAUAGUGCUAUUUAUUUAUCCAAUAUUAAAUAAAUUUAUAUUUUGAAUGA